AUAAACGAGGCUUGGGUGAAUCACAAGGCAAUCAUAUUAGGUUUUUAUCUCGACAACCGAGAUAUAUAAAGCCUGGAGACUUGGGUGUCACACGCAGAAUUUUCAAAAUAUCGGAGAUAACUAGACGUACAUGUAUACUGUAUGCAGAAUAUAGAGAGCAUACCUGAAAUACUAACAAGUUGCAUUCAGUAUAACAGAAAAAUUCUUAUAUUGCAUUAAUUUAAUACGACAGAAAAUGGCAAACUCCGCAACAAACAAGACAGUUUUAAGUAAAUAUUUAGAGCUAGAUCAGCCAAAUGGAAAAGUUAUGGCCGAAUAUUUAUGGAUAGACGGAUCUGGUGAAGGAAUCCGAAGUAAAUGUAGAACAUUAGAUUUUACUCCGAAACAUCCAAAAGAAUGUCCCAUAUGGAAUUUUGAUGGUUCGAGUACAGCACAGGCUGAAGGUUCCAACUCUGACAUGUAUUUACAUCCCUGCGCUAUCUUCAACGAUCCAUUCAGAAAAGGCAACAAUAGAUUAGUUUUAUGUGAGGUCUUUAAAUAUAAUAAAAAACCUGCAGAGACAAACAAACGUAAUACUUGUAACGCUGUAAUGGAGAAAGCGAAAGAUGAGAAACCCUGGUUUGGUAUUGAACAAGAAUAUACCAUAUUAGACAAUGAUGGACAUCCUUUUGGUUGGCCUAAAAAUGGUUUCCCUGGACCACAAGGACCUUAUUAUUGUGGUGUUGGGGCUAAUCGUGUUUAUGGUAGAGAUAUUGUAGAAGCUCAUUAUAAAGCUUGUUUAUACGCUGGUGUAGAUAUCUGUGGUUGUAAUGCUGAAGUCAUGCCUGCUCAGUGGGAAUUUCAAGUUGGUCCAUCUGAAGGUAUCAAUAUGGGAGAUCAUCUAUGGGUAGCUCGAUACAUCUUACACAGGGUAGCAGAAGAUUUUGGUGUUGUUGUGACCCUUGAUCCCAAACCUAUGCAAGGAGACUGGAACGGAGCUGGUGCCCACACUAAUUACAGUACCAAAUCUAUGAGAGAACCAAAUGGCUUGGCAGUUAUUGAAGAAGCCAUUGAAAAGUUAUCAUACCAGCAUGUCAGACACAUCAAAGCUUACGAUCCCAACGAAGGAAAAGACAAUGAAAGACGGUUAACUGGCCUUCAUGAAACAUCAUCUAUCCACGAUUUCUCAGCAGGAGUAGCCAAUCGUGGAGCUAGUAUCAGAAUUCCCCGACAGGUAGCAGAAGAUGGUUAUGGUUACCUUGAAGACAGACGUCCAUCUUCUAACUGCGAUCCGUAUGCUGUUACAGAAGUCAUCGUCAGGACAACAGUUUUGAACGAAUAAAAGAAACAAUUAUUAGUUGAAAAAAACAAAAAAAAACAAUGACAAACUGUCCUUUGAAGCAGAGAUGCAAAUACUUAAAGUAUGCAAUUUUAAUGCGAAAUUUUUAUAAAAAUUUAUCCAUUUCAUGAGGCAUGUAUAUAUAAUGUAUAGAAUCUCAACGGAAUUCAUGAGCCAAACUUUCUUAUUGGCAGCUCAAUUACUGGUUUAAUAUGUCAGUCCCAAAAUAACCCGAGAUGUUACCUCAUUUAUCAAGUCUGUUGUUGAAUUAAUAGGCCAAAUACUCUGAUUUGCAGCUGAAUUAAUGGUUUAACAUGUCAGUCCCAAAAUAACCCAAUGGAGUGGACAUGUUACCUCAUCUGUUGAAUUAAUAAGCCAAACAUUCUGAUUGGCAGCUGAAUUACUGGUUUAACAUAUGUCAGUCCCAAAAUAACCUGACUGAGUUGACUUGUUAUCAUCACAUCUGAAUCGCAAAGUUCGAUGAAUCAAAACAACAAUGAGGUCAUGUCUUAUUCAUUUAGGCCAAACAAAGAAAUUUCUAUGUUUAUGGUGACCUGACGGAACCUAUCGUUUUGUCCACAUCCGAGGCCCUAUUUAUCGAUCAGUCUUGGAAUGGUUUUCUGAAAAGAUUAGGAAAUAAAUAAGACACUUUUCCGUUCUUAAAACGCCAUGACAAAUUGUCAGGAAUGAAGGAAUCCAUGACAUUGUCAGAAGAACGUGAUGUGUAUGACACAAGUCAUAUUCUAUUUAACCACGUAACUGUAAACAGUGCUAUUUUUUUUAGGGGCCUUAUAAUAUGCAGUGAUUGUACGGGUAUCAAUACACGCUGUAAUAUAUUCUAAUUUCAUUCUAACACAACUAAGAAUGUUUUAAUCAUAUUCAUCAUGAUCAUUACUGAGACUUCCGUCAUAUUGGUGGAAGUUGUCAGAUCGAAAUAAUUUUAUGACCUUUUUGUUGUCCUUUUGUUCAAAUUGUAUUUGUUAAUGUUUUAAUUUAUGAAUAGUUAUAAGGGUCAUUCACAAGGCAGAAUAUUCCUGGUUCAUAGUAGGGUCAUAUUUAUUCUGAUAGCAGAUGAUAUCCUGGGGUAAAAUAAAUAACAAUUUUGUAUUUAGAACACAACUACAUUGUAAUUGUCAGGUUUUUCAUUGACUUAAAUUCGUUUAUCCUGAAUUAAAAUUACAUUUAUUUCUGGGUUUUACCCAAAAAUGUUUCCAUAAAACUGUAUUCCUUUGGAGUUGAUAAAACUACUACACAAAAGAAUCCAGCUUUAUUAAGGAAAUAAUACUCCUCGUAACUUUUAGAAAAUAUUGUAUAAAAUGGAUGAAUGAAAAUAGGAAUGAGUAAGUUGAUGAAUGGAUGAGUGAUCAAGAAAAUGAAUGAAUGAAUGAAUGUGUAAAAGAAUGAAUGAAUGAGAGAGAACAAAUGCUGUAUUUUGUGAUAUAAAGCUUUUAAAUGGGAAUUACCCAUUACAUUAUUGAUAUUUGUAUUUCUAAUUAAGAAUUAUAUAUAUAUAUUGGUAAAUGGUAUUUUCCCAUAUUUAAUCUCUAGAUUUUAAUAUAUCAAUAAAAUGUUUAUAGAGAA